AUGAGCAACCUUCACAAUCUUGUGAACGUCAUGAUGCACAGGAAGAACAACGAGCGCAGCCUUAGGGCCGCUCUUGACGGCACACGUCACAAAAUCACAAAAAAGCACGCGGCUGUGGAGGCCUCAGGACUCAACCAAUGUGUGCGUGACACAUCGGUCGAGGACCUCGAUUUCCAUUUCGAGCGUCUCAAGCUUGAUUUGGAGGUCCUAAAUCUACCGUUCGAGGGUGUCGUCAAUAUCGCAAACACAGAAGAAAUAGCCAUGAAACUUGCAACCGAGGCUUCUGAGGCUGCUUUCGACCCCACCAGACGGUUCUUCAGCACACACGGUGCAACAGGUCGCGGUGAUGAGGCAGGCUUAUUAGCCAUCUCAAGGUGUCUAAGCCUGGCCGCCACGGAUCUUCUCCGCACCCCAUAUCAACAGAGGGCGCCUAAGAUCACAGUCUUUACGCACUACAAAGACGCUCUCCGCAGACUCGAAGGGGCACGCGGCAUCAGCACAUCUCAACACACCGACUCCACCACCGAGCAAGUGCAGGCCACACCAGCUCUCGUGGAGGUCAUCAAAAAAUCACGCUUCCUCUGCCGCAAACUCGGCGCCAGACUCGAGUUGCAAUGGAUGCCGCACCAUGCAACUGACACCGAGAGGCACAGACAAGCUGAAGCUGCACCAACAUCUCAAAAACCAAUGCCGGCAUCGAAAACUCUGCCGUCUUUCCAACGUCUGCGUCGAGAUCAAAACCUCACGUCAAGUCAACGCGCCUUCCAUCGGCGAGAACUUGCACACCAACGGAGGUCCUGCCGCGGUCAACCAUCGCCGCUGGCCAGACAGGCAAAUUCAGCCUCGUCCACAGAACAACAAGCUCAAGCCGAGCCUCGGCACCUCAUCGUCGAGAACUUGCGCGAGCUCCGAAUUUAG